AGGAGAACGUGACUGCCAUAGUUGUCUUUGGUAAGAGCCGUGCCAAACUUGCUCCUGCUGUUUGAAAGCGGCUCGACUGCCUUUACCUACGGUCUGUCCUCGGGGUUAAUUUCACGCAGCGCUCGUGGGAGACGCUCUCUGGAACCUUGAGAGUCGGCAGAAAACUUUGGGAAAAAAAAAGAAAAGAAAAGAGGAGAAGAAGACUACCGCCGGUAGAGAGAUACCAGCGGCAGCGCGACUGAACUUCCACCAGCGAGUCCGAAAGCGGGACCGGGAGGAGGAGUCAACAGGUCCCAGAGCGUAGGAGUUGCUAUCAAUUCAAAGGGACGUUUCUUUGGCGAAGGACGUGGAGACUGACGUUUUUGGGGGAGACGCUUCGCAACCGCAAAGAAGAGGCCCGACUAAGGAGAGCAACUCUUCCAUGGCAUCAUGUGAUCUGCACAUUCCCUCGGCGAGCUCUACGGCGGAGGAGUGAAUUGUGAAAGCAUCCCAACCACUAGCAGCCCCCCCAUCACCACUAUCGCUGCUCCUGUGCGCUGUCAUCAAAGUCUCGUCUUCGUGACUCAACUUGCCUCUUUUUCUCUGCCUUCGUCUUGAAGAUAAAGAAUGGCUGUGCUGCUUCCCUGCCCCUCCAACGCCUCCUGUAAAUAAGGCCUUUUUAGCUUGUUGAACAAUACGUGAGAAAGGAGGCAUAAAAGAGCUUUUUAUAUUUCUGCUGUGUGUCUUUUUUAUCUUUUUGUCCGCAGCAAGUCAGCCCUAAAGACACACAUACUAACUAAACAAACAGGGUUUUUUUGUCCUGCUGACAUCUACAGGAGGUGUUUUCUGAACUUUUUUAACCUUAAGCGGAUUAUUUGACAAACCUUUACCUUGCAGUCCUUUGGAAUAUCUACUAAUGGAACUUCUCUAUGGGGGAUUAAAUCAUCCCAGGAACACGUACUGACUCCUCUUUGGAUCGGCCGCAUUUUAACCAGGGGUUGAUUCCGUCACUGAGCUCUGUUUGUGGGCGAGCCACCAUGGCCGGGAAGGGCAACCCGGUGCCAGGCGGACACCUAAACGGCUUCCCCAUGCCCCCCUACUCCUACUUUUUCCCCCACAUGCUGGGGGGCAUGUCGCCUCCGGCCCUGUCGGGACUUCCCAUCAGUGGAUACAGCACCCCCUCCCCAGCAACAAUAGAGACCCAGAGCACCAGUUCAGAAGAGAUAGUGCCAAGCCCACCCUCGCCUCCCCCGCCGCCCCGCGUCUACAAGCCCUGCUUUGUGUGCCAGGACAAGUCCUCAGGGUACCACUAUGGUGUCAGCGCCUGUGAAGGCUGCAAGGGAUUCUUUCGGAGAAGCAUCCAGAAGAACAUGGUGUACACUUGUCACCGGGAGAAGAACUGCAUCAUCAACAAAGUCACUCGCAAUCGCUGCCAGUACUGUCGGUUACAGAAGUGCCUGGAAGUUGGGAUGUCUAAGGAGUCGGUGAGGAACGACCGGAACAAGAAGAAGAAGGAUGAGAAGAAGCAGGAAUGCACAGAGAGCUACGUGCUGAGUCCCGACACGGAGCAGAUGAUCGACAGGGUUCGCAAGGCGCACCAGGAUACUUUCCCCUCUCUCUGCCAGCUGGGCAAAUACACUACGACUAACAGCUCAGAAAGGCGCGUGUCUUUGGACAUAGACCUGUGGGACAAGUUCAGCGAACUGUCCACCAAGUGCAUCAUAAAGACGGUGGAGUUCGCGAAGCAGCUGCCGGGCUUCACAACGCUCACCAUCGCCGACCAGAUCACUCUGCUCAAAGCCGCCUGUCUGGAUAUUCUGAUACUACGCAUCUGUACACGUUACACACCAGAGCAAGACACCAUGACCUUCUCAGACGGCCUCACGCUAAACCGAACCCAGAUGCACAACGCCGGCUUCGGUCCCCUCACUGACCUGGUGUUUGCCUUCGCCAACCAGCUCCUGCCUCUGGAGAUGGACGACGCAGAAACGGGGCUUCUUAGCGCUAUCUGCCUGCUGUGUGGAGAUCGGCAAGAUUUAGAAGAAGCAGAUAAAGUGGACAUCCUGCAGGAGCCCCUGCUGGAGGCCCUGAAGAUUUAUGUACGGAAGAGGAGGCCCCACAAACCUCACAUGUUCCCCAAGAUGCUGAUGAAGAUUACUGAUCUGAGGAGCAUCAGUGCUAAAGGAGCGGAGCGCGUCAUCACACUGAAGAUGGAGAUCCCUGGAUCCAUGCCGCCUCUCAUCCAGGAGAUGCUGGAGAACUCUGAGGGCCUGGAGAGCGGCGCCGCAGGCAGCAGGCCCAGCGGCGCCCCCCCAGGCAGCUGCAGCCCCAGCCUGUCCCCCAGCUCGGCCCAAAGCAGUCCAGCCACACAGUCACCAUAGAGACGGCUCCCUCGUUUUCAUCAUUUUUUUCUCUUCAUGUCGUCUCCCAACAGAAAGGAGGGGGGAGGGGCAAAGGAAGGUGGGCUUCGAUCCUAACUGCUGAUCACAGGAGACUGGCGGAGACGCCUCCUUCUUUCCACCACACCCCCAUCCUCCCACCACCCGACACAAGUCCACAUCUCCUGAUCUGCUUGCUGUCACUGUGGAACACUGCUCGGACAGGAGGGGGGAGGCGUGGGGGGUUGAGCCUGGGACGGACCGGACCGGACCGGGACGAGAGUUGAACCCCGUAAACACCGACUCCUCCUCCUUUUCCUCCACCUUCCUCAGAGUCACAGACGUUAACAAGUCCGGAUGCAGUGACCUGUUCUGAAUGAGUGAGAGCAGCACAACGGGACGAAGACAUGGACAUGGACAUGGACAUGGACGGAGGCUGACUUGACAAACACCAGACACUUUGUUGUUGUUUCUCUGAGGCAGACUACAACGUUGAAGACCCCACUCCUCAAAAGACUCUGGGUCUUUCCUCUGUUUUUUUUUUUUUCUUUUCUUUUGUGUUUCAUUUUCAAACAAAAAAACAACCAGAUUUUGUACAAAAGAUAUAUAAAUAUAUAUAGAAGAGUUAAGGAACUAUGGUGCUUGGCGUGUCCGGGAGCGAACGGCGGGCUGACACCAGGACGAGUUUACCGCGCUGAGAUUAGAACUUGUACUCCUUCACUGUUUGAAUCUUUUUCAUACCUAUCAAAGAAUAAUGAGAGACGUUUCCGUUUCACGUUUGUAUAUUAUUCUUAAUAACAAGAAGAUAAACAACAAAAAAAAAGACGUUGACAUUUCUCUGGAGUCGUACACAAACACAGAAACGUGCACAAGAAAACGAUGAAUAUCAGCUACUAUUCCAGGUUGGAUUUGUUUUCCCUUUAAUCUAAUCUCUUUUUUUUCUGUUCUGUUUUCUUCCCUAGAGAAUGAAAAAAAAACUGAUUGUAUGAACUUGGUUGUAUGAUAUUGUCACAGGUCCUUUCAAGAAAUCAAAUUAAUGAAGAGUCAUUAUUAAGGUGUAUUUUAAGUGGCUUUGAGUUUGUGUAUAUAAGCUGUAUUCAUUUCUUUAAAACUAUGAAGAGUUUUAGGCCUCACAUGAUUUUUUUUUAUUUCUCUUUUUUGUUUUGUUCUAGUUUUUGUGAUUCAAGAAAAUACAUUUUUGAGCACAUUUUACAGAAGGAAGUUGUUUUCAUGCUUUGUGUCCUACUGGAGCGUGUUGGACGAGCCCUUCACCCGUCGCUGUUCACACACUAUUUAAACAUCUGCCCUUCCAUUCUGCAGCUGUGUGUUUUCAUGGUGUGCAGACUGAUAACGAGGCAUGGGCCGGUGUGACGUUAUCACCGUCUUGAACUGAGAAAUGCCACCACAAAAACGUUUGUGUGAACAAGUCAAAAAAAAAAUUUAUUUUUGGGGACAUUAAAAUGAAUAUGAUCACCUUGGUCUGCUUUGUCAGGAAUAAAAGUGCAUUUUUAAUUCAAUUUUUAAGAAUUAAGUAACAUUUAUUUAUUGGUUAACUUUAUUUUGAUUCAGUCUUAACAUUUACAAUAAGUCCCUAAAUUUGUCUGUUGUUUUCAAGUAAUCAAAAUAACUAAGCAGAAUAUUAUGCCUUCAAAAUUUAUUAUAGGCUAAUAAUCAGUGUCUGCUCUAUUAGCUAGCUAGCUUAAAAGUGGAACUCAAAAAUAUUCAUACAGACGGAUUUAGAUCCCAAAUUAUUUUUAUCCAUGUUAUUCAAACAGGAAGUGAGGCAUUUCUCUACAGAUUAUAAACGAUGUAAAAGCAGCAUCAGUUUUUGGGUUUAUUUAAAUUCUGGCAAAAAAAAA